CCUCUUGCAGCCUGAGGCCCUGAACUGAGACGUUCACUGCCUGGUCGCGACAAACCUUUUGCUGGCUUUGGAAUCUCGGAAACGAAUCUCGAGAUUUACUUCUACUGCUCCAGGUUGCGGUCCACAACAUUAUCCGAGUCUGAAGUCCGGAAAAUGCAUCUUCCUGCCACGAGAGAGCUCGAACUGGAGAUUCUACUUCGCGAGAAGGAGAAACAGAUCUCGGAGCUUGGUGACCAAGUAACUCGCCUUCAACAGUUUCUACCCAGUGCUACACCCUCGACUUCGGAUCCCGUCACUCUACCGCCUGCACUUAUUGCGCUUCUUUUGCCUCACAUAAAUAACAAUGCGCCCAGUGGUAGUGGGGGAACGACGAUGGCAGCUCUAAUGCAGAGAGUACGAUUACUGCAGGAGGAGAACGACCAACUAUAUGAUAUUCUGAAGGAAGGAGAGACUGGGCAAUUAAAAGAGGAAGUUCAGACAUUGAGGAGACUAGUGGUUAAGCUGGAAUCUACUCUCAAAGAAUCUCACCAAACGAUAUCAAACCUCUCAACCGAACUCGACAAGUCUUACGACGCGUUCGCUGCGCACAACACUGUCAAUACGCACAAAUCUACCCCUUCCACUUCUUCACCAUCUUACUCCCACCGUAAUUUCCACCAUCAUAACAAUCCACAUCACAAUGGCACCGGCAUCGGGACCGGUUCUCAUGCUAACCGCCUCCCCCCUACUGGUCCUCGAGCACAUAAAAAACCAAGACUUUCGGAGAAUCACAAGAAAAGUUCAUCACGCUCUCCCAGGCAAGCAGCGGUGAAGAAUUUAUCGAUACAGGCUACUGGUUCUACUUCUGGCUCUGGCCAGAGGCAUCGUAGUCGGUCGAGCUCGUCUCGUACGAGCCACGUUAACCAUAUCAACCAUUCCAUGGAAGUGGAUGGUCAUGAGUACUCGCGUCCACGUUCACCAAUACAUUCGAGGAAGGGCGGCGGGGGCGGUGGUGGACGAAGGGGUGAUAAAGAAAGAGAGAGGGAUCGUGCGGGGGAGAGAGAACCACAUAGAGGAGAUCAGGAGAAAGACAGAGAUCGUGAUAGGAACCGGUCGAGGCGGGAUAGUAGGAAUCAGAGGAGGUCUGGAGGACCUGGUUCGUCGACGAUGAAUAACUCUGGUGGAGUUGAUCGGACGUUGGCAGAACGAAUGGGACUAAGUUCAUGAGAUGUGAGACAACUUUUUUCUCUCGUUGGAUGGAUUUUUUUUAUUUGGUGGAAUUUCCAUUUGUACGCCCCUUGUGUAGCAAUAGCUGGCCCCCGCCUACCUUGACCCACCGUUUCCCCUUGGUCUUUGGAUUGUCUGUCUUUUUCCUCCGUCCGCUUUCGUAUUUAAUGUUUUUUUCUUUUUCUCUUUUUACUUUCAAGGGUGUGUGUAUUCUAGUUAUCGCAGUGCUGUGCGCAACAUUCUACAUUUCUCAUUCAUUCCGUUCG